AUGGGCCCGCGGCGCGUCUGCUGGGUCGUGGUCCUGGGCGACUUCGGGCGCAGCCCGCGCAUGCAAUACCACGCCCAGUCCCUGGCCUCCCACGGGAACGACGUCCACGUCGUGGCCUUGCCGGGCUCCCGGCCGAUCUCCUCCCUGGCGGGCAAUCCCAGGGUCAAGAUCCACCCCGUGGUGGCCGGCCUGCCGCCCUGGGCGGGCCUGGCCCCGCUACGCGAAACGGUUGUUGGGACUGCGCACCCGCUUGUGCGGCUGGCGGAGGCGGUGGAGAGGGCCUUCGGCCGCACGGCGCGUUACAGCUUCUGCGUCACUGCGGCGAUGGCGGGGGAGCUGAGGGCGGGGUGGGGCGUGGAGGCCGUCGUGCUGCAUGACCGGCCGCCGGACAGGUUCCGCCCGGCGGGGCCGGCGGAGGCGGCGGAGCUGUUUGGUAAACUUAGGAAUUGCCUGAUGGAGGGGAUGCACAAGGGGGACAUCUGUCGAGCCUUCCUGUCACGUGGAUCGCAUCCAAAGAAAGGAGGAUCUCAGGAAGCGGGGGAAGAAGGCGGGGGUGAGAUUUGUUACGAAACAAAAGAGACAUGUUCUGCAAAAGAAGCCGCUGGUGCAAAUGGUGGAUCUCAGCAGGUUGGGGGGGAGGGCGGGGGUGAAUUGGAAGAUGGGGCGGGGCGGGAGGGGGUGGGGGGGAAUGGGGAUUUGGAGGAAAGGACGCUGGUGACAUGCAUGGGUGGGGCUGGGCUGGUGGCCCUGCGCGAAGACCGGCCGGGCAUAGUCGUCAGCAGCACAAGCUGGACGCCAGACGAAGACUUUUCCAUCCUUCUGGAGGCAGCCGGCAUCUAUGACUGCCAAUGCGGCCCCGGGCACCCACCCCUGGUGAUCCUGGUGACUGGGAAGGGGCCCCUGAGGGAGGCGUACAGGGCGAAGAUGCAGAAAAUGGAGUUUCGAAACGUGGCCUUCAGGACAGUGUGGCUUGAGCCGGACGACUACCCCAUCCUUUUGGGGUGUGCUGACUUGGGAGUGAGCCUGCAUACCUCCUCGUCAGGCCUGGACCUGCCCAUGAAAGUGGUGGACAUGUUUGGAUGCCAUCUGCCUGUGUGCGCCGCUUCCUACAGCUGCAUCUCUGAGCUCGUCUCCGAUGGUGUCAAUGGCCUGCUGUUCUCAGGGGCUCAGGAGCUGGCACAGCAGCUGCUGUACUUGUUUGAGGGUUUUCCCCACGACCUGUCAGAUGGGGCUUUGAGGUUGGUGGGGAUGAGGAGGGCACUGCAGGCCAUGGAGGGCUUCAGUUGGACGGAGAAUUGGGACAGACAUGCCCUGCCCGUGUUUCAGGCUGCGGCUGGGGCAAGAUAG